GUAAGAAUCGUUUUCGGUUUUCGGAUUAUUACCAUUAUCUUACAAUUAUGUCCAGCAAGAAGGAAGAAGCAUUGUCACACAUUAAAGAGGCAGAGAAACACUUGAAAACGUCAUUUUUGAAAUGGAAACCAGAUCUCGACUCUGCUGCCGAUGAAUAUAACAAGGCAGCGACGUGCUACAAGACGGUGCGGGCGUACGCCGAGUGUCGGGACGCCCUCUCCAAGGCGGCCAACUGUUACCAGCAGAACCGCUCCCUGUUUGCGGCUGCCAAGUGCUACGAACAGGGUAUCCUGAUGAGCAAGGAGCUCGGCGAUCUGGCCACGGUGGUGACGCUCUGCGAGCGGGCAGCCCAGCUCUACCAGCAACACGGCAGUCCCGAGUCUGCGGCCCAGUGUCUGGAGAAGGCGGCCAAGAUUGUGGAGACGCCCCGGCCAGCGGACGCGGUGCCGCUCUACCAGCGCGCCGCCGACGUCGUGAUGCUCGAGGACAGACAGCGGACGGCCGCCAACUACGUGUCCAAGGUUUGCCGGCUGCUGGUGCGGCUGGGACGCUACGACGAGGCCGUGUCGGCGGCCCUCCGUGAGAUGGGCUACCAGCAGGAGAUGGAGGACGCGGCCCAGUGCGGACGGCUCACCGUCGUCCUCGUGCUGCUCCACCUGGCGCGCGACGACGUGGUGGCCGCGCGCAAGGCCUUCGACGAGUGGGGCACCUACUGCGAGCGGGAGGAGGUGGCGACCCUGACCACACUUCUGGAGGGCUACGAGGACGAGGAUCCCGAGCUGGCCCGCCGAGCACUCAACUCGUCAUUCAUCAAACACAUGGAUAUCGACUACGCAAAACUGGCCAAAAGUCUCAAGCUGCCUGAACAAACGGUGAACCCGGUGAAGGAGGCCCCGGCGGCGAGCACGGAGCCGGCCGCCGCCGAUUUGCCCGCCCAGUUCGGCAGCGUCUCAGUGUCAGAGCCCGCCGCCGCCGGGCAGGACGACCCCGGCGACACGGAUGCACCGGCGCCGGCCGCGGCCCCGGCGGAGCCCGCGGCGCCGGCCGCGGCCCCGGCGGAACCCGCGGGGCCGGCUGAUGACGACGACGAGUAUUCCGGCGGACUGUGCUAGGCGGCGAGCGUCAAACACCGCUGUCAACAUCAAACACCACAGCAGACACCACCGCUAACUCCGCCGUCAGGCUGCCAGAGCGCGGCACCGGGUCUAAUUGGAUGGCACCCGGGGGAGUAAGGUAUUGGGAGCUCCCCUGAUGGCGUGGCCGUUCCACCCGCGUCAGGGUGACACUUAGGAACUGCUGCUGCAUACAGGGAGACGAGCUCCCCACCCGCCGCCGUCGUAGAGGACAAGUCCAGUAGUAGCACACGGAUGGCACGUUAAAUGUGCUUGCUUCCGAGUCCACUGUUCGAGCCGACGUUCAAUAUGUCGCCACUUUUUUGAUGAACCACAUCGCUAAUUUUGGAUAUGCGUCACAUUCCCAAAGAAUAGGAGGUUAAGUCGCUGAAUGUAAAAGUAACUAUACUGUGCAACAUACAGCUAUAACUUCUUGUCAUUUGCCCUUGGACUUCCGAAAAGUCUAGAAACCGACCCUGCUAGACUAGGAUGUACGUUAAAAACGACCCUGCAUAGUUUAUACACUUAGUACAUUCUAGGUCUAAGUGGCCGACAGAUUGUAUGGACGUAGGUGA